UCUAGCUCCCACUCCGCGAAUUGGUAAGAUAAAUCCGUCAAGUCAAUUUUGUUAACAAAGAGACUACUGGAAGAACUCGCCUUCCAUCACAUAUUGUCUUCCCUCACAAACACCCCCAUGCUCAAUUUCCACUUGGUCGUUACUCAUUAAUUCAACUGUCGACACACUUCGCCACCAUAAGAGUGCGAGCUUCAUCGCGUGACGAAUACAUGUUGUUGGAGUGCAUUUUAGGAGCUCGAAGGAGGAUAGCAUAAAAUAGCUGAUAGAGAAACAAAUGUAGAUAGUCCGGUCGAGGAAGAAUAUUAUUCAUAUGUAGAUGAGAUUUUAUAUAAUUUAUAAAUAUAUGAACAACAUAAUAAUUUUUUCAUAUAUCCGGGCAAAAGCGGACUAAAACAAUUAGACCAUUAAUCCUCAACCCACUUAAUCGACUGGGCCAACAGGCUAAACCAGGUUGACAACCUUUGAUACUUGAAAUUCAUAUAUUCUAAAAAUUUUGGGUUCCAAUUUUUAUGAUUGAGUCAAAUCGAUCAAUAAUUGUGGACUUUUCAGAGAGUGGUUGAAAUUCAAAAGUCAGUCUUCAAGGUUCUUUCGUGACGGACAAGUUUUUUAGUUUAAUUAUUGUUAGGUCGAAGGAAGAGAAAGCGGGACAGAUGGAGGAUGAGAUUGUGGCUAUUAAUUAUUGGGAGUUGCAGAUGGAGAAGAUAAGCCAUAAAAGGGAUUAAAUUUAAUUUGAUAAUACAUAUAUACUAUACAUUACAAGGGCAUGUGUGAUGUGAAAAAUAAAAGGGAUAGAUUUGAGGAAAAUGGAUAAUAGAGUGACAAUUUAUGCUAUUAACUCCACAUGAAAAGUCAAAGAUUGUAUCGAUAGAGUAGAAUUUAUGGUUUUAUAAUGUUAAUUUUCGUAACUUUUGUACAUGCAUUAAUAUCUAACACUUAACAGCCUCGACUUAUUAUUCAAUCAAGCCUAUACACUAUAUUCUAAUAAUUUAUACAAUAAGCAUUUGUUUUCGUGUUCUUCCAUAAUUGAGAUUUCUAGGCAUAAUAUUUUCGUUAUUCUCUUGAUUUUUUUAUAUACCAUCAAUUCCUACCAUUCUAGAUGACAUAUAUUUUCUUUCAACUCCAACUUCAUAUCCGAUAAUAAAAAGUCCACAAAUUUCUUCUAAAAUAUGAAAAAAAUACACAACAGUAAACUAGGAGGACUUAAAAAAGUACAUAUUAACUCAUUAUCGAUAAUGUCAUAAUCAACAAAUACCAUAAAGAUUAUUAUGAAAUAAUGAAUUAACUAACCUCAACUUAUUUAAAAACAUGAAAAGAUUUAUCAAAAUAAAAUAAAAUUAUCCGACCAACGAAUCAAAUUAAUAUUUUAAAUAUAAUUAUAAAUUAACCAAUGUUACAAAUAUAUUAACCUUAUUUAAGUUGAGUCGAAAUUCGAAAAUGGAAGGAAAGGACGCGCGGUUUGGAGGCCCAGCCAGAAGCACAAACGUUACGAAAAAGAAAAGAGGUCCAAACACGUAUCGUCAACAGUGUAGGAUAUUCAGCGUUGCCUUCCUUCCUCUGCUGCUUCUUUACCAUUCUUUCCCAUCUUCUGCAAUGCAACAAAAUCCCAAAUCCAGAAUUCCCAGAGACUUCAUCUCGCGUCGGUGUCUCUCUAUCUCAUUUCCUCCUCCUCUCUAUUUCUUCAUCAGUUUAACUUUAACCAAAUCAUCUCCUCUUAAUAUCCCUGAAUCGGCCAGUAAUCCCUUGAACCGCCAUGGAUCUAGCGCCGGAGGAGCUCCAAUUCCUCUCAAUACCUGACAUUGUAGGGGAAUCGAUCUCAAUCCCUAAGCAAUCUCCCAAAACCUUCUACCUCACAACCCUAACCCUAAUCUUCCCGCUCUCCUUCGCCAUCCUCGCGCAUACCCUCUUCACCCACCCAAUUAUCUCCCGCCUCGAGAACCAACCCACCGACGAUCCGGCCACCAUCAGCCACGAGUGGACCGUCCUCCUCGUCAUCCUGUUCUGCUACCUGAUCUUCCUCUUCGCCUUCUCCCUCCUCUCCACCGCCGCCGUCGUCUUCACCGUCGCCUCCCUCUACACCUCCAAGCCGGUCUCCUUCUCCUCCACCAUCUCCGCCAUCCCCAAGGUCCUCAAGCGCCUCUUCAUCACCUUCGUCUUCGUCGUCCUCCUCAUGCUCGCCUACAACGUCGUCUUCCUAUUCGUCCUCGUCGUCUUCCUCGUCAACAUCGACACCGAGAACCCUCUCCUCGUCCUCGUGUCCCUCCUCGUCAUCUGCGUCCUCUUCCUCCUAAUCCAUGUCUACAUUACCGCCCUCUUUCACAUGGCCAGCGUCGUCUCCGUUCUGGAGCCCGUUUACGGCUUCUCCGCCUUGAAGAAGAGCUACGAGCUUCUCAAGGGAAAGGCUGGAGCUGCCGGGGUGCUUGUGUUUGUGUAUUUGACCAUCUGUGGAGUGAUUGGGGGCUUUUUUGGCUCCGUGGUGGUUCGUGGCGGAGACAGAUACGGGAUGUUUGUGAGGGUCGCGGUGGGUGGGUUCCUCGUCGGGGUGCUGGUGAUUGUGAAUUUGGUGGGUUUGCUGGUCCAGAGUGUCUUCUACUAUGUCUGCAAGAGCUUCCAUCACGAGGAGAUCGACAAGUUGGCCUUGCAUGAUCAGCUCGGCGGGUAUCUUGGUGAGUACGUGCCUCUGAGGAGCACCAUUCAGCUGGAGACCUUGAAUGGUUGAUGCCGGCGGGGGGCCUUGACAAACAGGUAGACAACAAAAACGUACUGUCAUCUCUGUUUCAAGGCUCUUAUGUAUGUAAUUGGUGUAUAGAAUACGUUGGAGGUUUUUGCUUUCUUUCUCAACAUGAAAAGGGGGGAAAUAGUACAUCGUGCAAUAAGAACUUGGGUUUAAGUAAAUGUUGUAUCUUUGAUGUGCCCACCAUUGCCAAGGAAGCAUUGGUUGUGGUGGUUGUUGUUGUUUGAUGCUUAAUGAACAGCACUAGUAUUU